AUGGCUGCUGGAGCGAUCAGUUCUGGAUUUCCGAUGAAGCACGCGGUGAAAUGCAAGGUGGAGGCGGCGCCGCUGUUCCUCCAGAAGAUCUACACCAUGUUCGAAGACUCCCCCGCGAGGAUUGCAGGCUGGAUGAACAAGGGUACGACAGUCGUGAUCAAGGAACCGGAGGAGUUUGCGCGGUCGAUCCUGCCGCAGUACUUCAAGCAUAGCAACUUUAGCAGCUUUGUGCGGCAGCUCAACUUUUAUGGGUUCCGCAAGUUCAAGAAGGACGACAUCCUCAUCGAAGCACACGACCCGACCAAGCACUGGUGGGAGUUCCGACACGACAAGUUUGUGCGACACCUUCCCGAGCUCAUGAGUCAGAUCCGCCGCAAAACAUACUCGGACACGGCCGCGACCGUCCAUGGACCCGCCGACACGGAAGUGGACGUGUUGAAAAGCCAGGUCAAGUCGAUGCAAAGCCAGUUUGAUGCACUAACCAGCCAGAUCGAAUCGCUUGCGAACGUCGUGUCGGAGCUCGUACAGUCCAAGAAGCGAUCGUGUCUGACCAAGGACGUCAUGGACGAAGGACUAGUCGAAGUCACGGAAGACAUGCACGAACAACCCAGGGAGAAGCGCAUCAAGAUGGAGGAAGCGCUUCCCGAGAUGAUCGCGCCUCCAACCCUCACCAAGCAACACAGUCUCAUGUUCGAUCAACUGGACGACCUCACCUUUGACGAUGCGCUGCUGGACCCCGUCGCGUGGCUAGAUGGCGUCGACUUCUCUGCGCCGCUGACGUGCACAACGCCCAUGACUCCCAUGGUGCAGCGCUGCGCCAACAGCGGCCCGCUGACAUUUCUGAUCGCGCUCAAGCCGCAGCAGACCUAAGUGUGCCUUCCUUCAACCACCUGCAGCAUCAUGCGCACUAGUAUUAUGCCGCGACCGUCCUGCACUGCUUCUUACCUUUUGCUCAAGACUAAGAACGUGUACUAAUGUAUUUAUUCGAGAUUCUGUUCCAAA